GGAGGAGGAGAGGAGAGCGCGAGCGCGGCCGCUCCUCACAGGGCUCACAUCUCCAGCAGGCAUCCCUCCUCAUCCUUUCAACCCCUGCACCGAAAUACACUGUAGCAAUGCGGCAGGACGGAUCCAUGCAGAUGGCUGCGCCGCAGAAAGAGAACGCCGAUCAGAACUUUGACUACAUGUUCAAACUGCUGAUCAUCGGGAACAGCAGCGUGGGCAAAACGUCGUUCCUCUUCCGCUACGCUGACGACUCGUUCACAUCAGCAUUCGUCAGCACGGUCGGCAUUGAUUUCAAAGUCAAGACUGUGUAUAAGAAUGACAAGAGAAUCAAGCUACAGAUCUGGGAUACAGCAGGACAGGAGCGUUAUAGGACCAUUACGACGGCCUACUACCGCGGAGCCAUGGGCUUCAUACUCAUGUAUGACAUUACCAAUGAGGAGUCUUUCGGAGCGGUGCAGGACUGGUCAACCCAGAUAAAGACUUACUCCUGGGACAAUGCACAAGUCAUCCUGGCCGGUAAUAAGUGUGAUAUGGAGGAGGAAAGAGUUGUGUCUGUGGAGAGCGGCAAACUGCUAGCCGAACAGCUCGGCUUUGAGUUCUUCGAGACAAGCGCCAAGGAUAACAUCAACGUGAAGCAAACAUUCGAGCGCCUCGUUGAUAUCAUCUGUGACAAAAUGUCCGAGAGCCUAGAGACUGAUCCUGCAGUUACCACGGGAACGCAGGGCAAUGCCAGGCUAACAGACAACCCGCCACCAUUACAACAACCCAACUGUGCAUGUUAGUGCAUCAGAGUCCUGUGUGUGUGUGUGUGUGUGUGAGUACGGGUGUGGGUGUGUAUCCAAUACUUGGGCUUCUUUAGGUUGAGGCAUUAAACCUUUAACGUCGUGGCUCCUGGAUGGAACGAGCUGUAUCUCAUUGUUCAGGGAAGGCAUGUUAAGGGUCAUGUGACACUCUUACACUCCGCCCACAUCCCAGAUUGGUUGCACUUGUAAUGGAACGGAAUGCAUUUCUGAGAAAAGGUGAGGAAAAAGGGUUUGAAAUGCCUCAGUGCUGUGACCUGUAUCUGACUAUCAACCUACACUGUUUCAUAACGAGUUCAGUGUGAAUCCUGCUGCAGCGUAGUGCUAAAGCUGAUCAGAUCAUGAUAUCUGAAACAUUAAAAAACUAUAAACAACUGUAGUUUCAAUUAUGUUUUUAUUAGUUAUCAGCUUCAUUUAAAAGGAGGGGAAGGAAGCUUAUAGUACAAAAAUAGAUUUUAGUGUCCCAUCAGCACUCGAGUUAUAAAAUAACUGAUGAUUACUGAGAUAUCUGAAAGAAAAUGUAUAGUGUUGUAAUUUAUAAGAAUAUAUCAGAAUUAUAUCUGCCAGCCAUAUAAUGAGUAUGUGGUCAGAAGGCUACUCCACCAUUGUGGUAGUUCCUCACAAGGACUUUAUUCCAUCAGAUGUAAUCUGGAGAAAAAAAAAAUAUAUAUAUAUUUUUUGUUCUAGUUUCUGUUAAACUGCUGUGAGGAAAGUUGUAAACACUUGAAGUCAUUUAGAAUUGCAGUACAGCUAUAUUAGUAGCUACAUGAGUCGUAUAUACAAAGGGGUCGAUCAGAGCUCUAGAAAAAAAUCCCUUAGUACUUUAGUGAUGAACUUGUUAACUGUAACCUGUUUAUUCAGUGUUUCCCCCCCCCAGGCAUUGCAGUAUAAAAGAUGAAUAUUUUCCAAGAAGCCACUUGGAGCAGGAAGUGGUGCCUUUUAACAUUUCCCAGCUCUCUUGCCAUCUUAUUUUGUCCUUCUGUCAUCAGAGAGGCUGUACAGAUUUAAAAUGAUUGGAUUCUGUAAGAUAUCAUUUGCUCUUACUGAAAAGCGAGCUGCGUGAAAGAGGAGGAAGCUUUUUCUGCAGCGUCACUCAUACAAUCAAUACGUCAUACAGCAAUUCUGACUUUAAAAAAAAAAAAUUCUAAAUAACAGCGCGUCGAUUCUUCCGGUUGUAAUUCUCCACCUUCAUGUAGACGUUCCCAUCGAUUAUGUGUUGUCCAACACUGUACUGCAGUUCCUCUCUUUAUAAAAUGAAAUGAUGAAUAGAAAUGUAGCCCUGAUGUUAGACUUGUGUUGAAUGUGCUUUGCGUCUGAUGUCGUUUGUGAGUGUGUGAUGUGAAAUAAUAGAGAAAUCCAGAAAAGCACUACUAUUUAUUGUAUCAGAAGCGAGUAGGCCAGUGUGUGUAAUGUUAAACAGUCCUUAUGCAUUGCUGAUGUGGAAUCAGUGCAGCUGUUUUCCGCAGCCUUUAGCAUUACACUUGCAUGACAUCUAUAUUUAGAGAUCGGUAUCUAUAUAUUAUAGUCGUUGAAAUUCUGCAUCCUGCACACCUGUGGGCUGCAAUGGGCCAAUAAGUGCAAUAUUUUAAAUCCUGUUUCCUGUACAUACUGUAGAUGUGUAAUUUGAGGAAUGUGUAUACCUGCUGUGUGUGUGUGCGCGCGUGUGUGUGUGUGCGCGUGUGUGUGUGUGCGCACGCAUGUGUGUGUGUGUGUGUGUGUGUGUGUGUGUGUGUUAAAAAUGGGAAAAUUCUGAAAAUGGGAAAUGUUGUUUUUAGACACUUCACUCCCAUCUCAUCCUCCAGCUGAGCUCAUACCGAUGUGUUCACACUGAAAACAGGGGAGUAAUAAAUGCUCUGUGUGUGUGUGUGUGUGUGUGUGUGUGUGUGUGUGUGUGUGUGUGUGUGUGUGUUUGCAUUUGAAAUUAAUCACUAGGUUCUUGCCUAAGCAAGUGGUAAAAUGCGUAUGUGUAAAUCCCUUUAUGAAUGGGAGCAUGUUUGGUGUGGCUGUACUGACAGUAAAAGAUUCUUCAUUCACACAUGAGCCAGUGUAAUUGAUUGUACUUUAGUAGGAUGAACUUUUAUGCAUUUUUUUCCAUUCUCAAGCCCUAUACGAGACAAAUGAAUUAUGGAGUGAUGUCUAUUAUUAUUAUUUGAUAUCAAAAGCAAUUCAUUGUUCACAGAAAUCGAACACUGAUCAUGACAUUUGAUUUUGCUGUGCUGUGUGUAGGAAUUCAUGUUGAACUGGUUGUUUUGUUUGUGUGUGAUGAGUGUAUGACCAACUGUUACUAUUGAAAAUACAGAUAAACCUCCAGACUGUAUUGAUACUUAAAUAAAGUUAUUAAUGAAG